AUCUGCCCCUUCCCCAGGGAAUGAGCACACCAGUACACUGAUCUGUAAGUACCUGGGACCAAGGGCGGAUUGACAACGCAUGGGGCCUCGGGCAAUAGGGGAUCAUGGGGCCCCUGUGUCCCGAACUCAAAAAAUCCUAUGAAAAAGGUACCAGGGGCAUCUCAUGGGGCCCCCUACUGACCCCGGGCCCUCGGGCAGUGCCGUAUUUCCAAAUGGUCAGUCCGCCCCAGCCUGGGACU